AUGGACAAAGAAGAUAAUCUCAAUGAAGCUAAUGGAACAAAAGCAUAUGCAAAGUCACUUCUGAAUUAUGAAACAGGUAUUGACUUGAAUUCUGUUAUAGACUGUGAAAGCAAUGAAACGGUAGAUUUGGAAAAAACUGAUGUCCGGAAACAACUAGUUCUAGUAUUAGGCAUGGAGUUUGAGACAGAAGAAGAUGCCUUUGAAUUUUACAAUGCAUAUGCUUAUACCGUUGGCUUUAGUGUUCGAAAAAGUAAAGCUCAUAAAAAUGAGGAUGACAAGUUGAUGGACAGACUUUUUGUUUGCUCUUCGGAAGGGCAUCGUCAAAAAAAAAAAAAGUGUGAUCCCAAUGUUGAAUCUCAUCGCGCUGAAACAAGAUUUGGAUGUCGAGCAAGGAUGCAAAUCAGUUGUGGUCGAUCGGCAAAGAACUAUAAGGUUAUUAAAUUUAUUCCUGAGCAUACACAUCCAACAUCAAGUCCUAGUAAGACUCAUUUUUUUAGGUCGCAUAGGAACAUGUCUUUUGCACAAAAAGUUGAAGCUGAUAUGGCUGAUAGUUCAGGAAUUGCUCCAAGAGAAAGUGUUGAAUUUAUGAGUAGACAAGUUGGUGGUCGUCAAAAUCUUGGAUUCAUUUAUGAUGACUAUAAGAAUUAUUUGCAUUCCAAGCGAACAAGAGAGAUUAAGUUAGGUGAUACAGGCGGAGUGUUGGAAUAUUUACAAAAAAUGCAGUUGAAUGACCCUAAUUUCUUUUAUGCUAUACAAGUGGAUGAAGAUGAUUUGAUUACUAAUAUCUUCUGGGCUGAUUCAAGGAUGAUGGUGGAUUAUGAUUAUUUUGGUAAUGUUGUAUGUUUUGAUACCACAUAUAGAAAAAAUAAAGAAGGAAGGCCUUUUGCGAUGUUUGUUGGUGUCAACAAUCAUAAACAAACUGUUGUAUUUGGUGCUGCAUUAUUGUAUGCAGAGACCACUGCAACAUUCAGUUGGUUAUUUGAUACUUUUGUCAAGGCUAUGUCUGGAAAAAAACCAAAAACUAUUCUAACUGAUCAAGAUGCAGCAAUGGCCAAAGCAUUGUUUGAGAAGUGGCCACAAACAUGUCAUCGUUUAUGCAUCUGGCACAUAUACCAAAAUGCAGCCAAGCAACUUAAAAAUGUCUUUGAGAAUUUUAAUGAUUUUACCAAGGAGUUUAGUAGUUGCAUAUACGACCAUGAGGAUGAAGAUGAUUUUCUAUAUGCUUGGAAUAACAUGCUGUAG